CAUUUAGUGAAUUCUAUUUUUAUAUUUUAAGAACUUAAUUGAGGUGUGUGCAACACAUUUCGGGACAAUCUGAAUUAUAUCUGUUAAUAUUUUUUCGGAGUGCUUACGUAAUCACUGUUGUUGAGAUAAUGGCUUUACCAGAUGGACUUGCAAAUAGCAUGAAGAAAUUUCAAGCUCACAAUAAUGUUCCAGUUUUUUUAAAAGGAGGUCCAGCAGACAAAGUGUUAUUUGGUUUGACCGUAGGACUUUGUGGUUUGGGAAUCGUUAGCAUGUUGGAAAUGAUUUAUACCUUGGGUUUUAAGAAGAAAUCGUCUUAAUUUGUUGUAAUAAGUUCAGUUAACCACGAAUGAUUAAAAGAUUAUUAAUAAAUGACAUAUAAAAUCAAUAACUAAAGAA